UUUGAUGAUAUUCUAAUUAUAUGACCAGCACCUGUACACCUCGGCCCCAAUUGUACAUGGCAGAUAGACAUUACAAUUCAAUACAAAUACAAAGAGCCAUUAAAGCCCAAAGCAACACUGUAAACUUUGCAUUAAUCAGUCCUCUGUAGGUUAGAAAUUAAACAGUCUUUGCAAUCAGUCCAUUACAUUUCCAUGCUGUCAUAAAACAGACAAAGCUUUGUUACAGGUCUCUCGAGUACACUGGUUUUAGUUUGAACUUGUACAGACUCGUACAGAACAGACUUCCAGAACUCGUCCCAUCAACCAAGAUCCACGUGGAGCUGUUGAAUCCACAAUGACAACAAUGUAACCAGGAACAAAGUUUCUCCUUUCCUUGUUCCAUUUCUGCCGAUCUUGAAGCAAAGGCAAGUAUUCAUUUGUCUAUCUUUUGGACUAUUUUGUCCAAAAGAUGGACACUAUACGUUUGUCACUAUAUGUGCUAAAAAUAGUCCACAAAGGUUUGUGCAACUACUGAGAAUCUCUGAAAUUGAGAAAAAUGACUUGAGUUGUUCUGUUUUAAGUUUUGUUGCAGAUGAUCAUUUCAAUCAUUUUUCAGUAAGUCCUGAACAUGUAAACAGUAUUUGGGAUAAAAUCCCCCUUGUUGAAAGAGCUACAGACGCCCCGAUGUCGAAGCCAAAGACCAACGACACCCAAAACACCAUUAGAUUGGCAGAAGCUGAAGAUUUAUGCUUAUAUAAUCAAUACUGCACUAAAUGCACAAUACAGCAGAUCUUAUGAAAUGGUAAAAAAUUAUUAAAUGAGAAAAUGAUUCACUUUCCACUUGUGUCAAAUGGCAAGGAUCAGUUACUCAGAAAAUCCAUCAGGCACAAUGAAUUUCUAUUUUUUUUGUCACUAAAGAAAUUAGUAUCAUAAGGUGACAUCAUUUAUUAUAUUUAUUAUAUAUUAUGGCUAUUAUAUAAAUGUGGCCUAAAGGUCCCUCUAGCCUCUUUGUAUUUUUUUUUACCACUUUCUUCCACACAAAUAAUAUCGCUCUAUCAACAUUUAAUGAAAAUUGAAUAUAUAUUUUUCAAUCUUUAGACAUUUUAGCACCACAAGCAAUUCCUCAUGCUGAUGAUAUAGUAAAGAAACGCUAAAUGGCCAGAAGAAUGUGGACAUCUGAACACCUCACCCAUUUGUUCCUGUUGAUGUUUUCAUUAAAGUGUUAAUGGAGAGUUGAUCCUCCCUUUGCUGCUAUUACAGCUUCACUCUUCUAAGGGUUUCCAAUAGAUGUUAUAGGACCGACAUCACUGAGGUUCAGGGCUGGGUUUGGCGCAGGCCAGUCAAGUUCUUCAACACCAGAUUCCUCAAAAGAACAAACUGAUUGUAUGGUGUAACAUUCAAUAUAUUUAAUUGCUGUCACUGGAAUGACUAAACUCAUUAAUCAUGACGAGGCUUCCACAUUCUUUUGCCCAUUUAAUGCACAUUUACUGCAUCAAACAGCCAGUUUCAGAAGUUUUCAGUCGUCCUAAAGAGCUUUUUUUAGCUGGCUCAGACGAGUAAAAUAUAUCUGCGUGACAUUGCCCUCAGGAACAGGACUGGACACCCCUGGUAUUUUGCAUGUUACAGAACACAUCUGGGUAAUUUCAUGCGUGCUCUGAACUUGCAUUCUUGAGUAUUGUAAUCAAACUUCAGAUGAUGAAGUAGAACGAGAACACAAUGACACAAGAUCACAUAAGAACACAUUUUGAGAAACAGCCCUGAAAUGGGUGUGUCUGACAAAGGAAAAUAUUCAAAAUGCGCAGUUUGGGGUGGUCCAGGAACAGGGUUGAGAACCACUGUCUCAAACUCAUGAACAAAACUGACAUCACCUAAUUUUCUCAUGAAGAUCCUCCCCUUCAGACAAGCUAUAAAAUGAGCCUGAAACAGGUACGUUAUUAUGUUCACCUGCAGAUCAAAGAUGGAUCUGCAAAUCUCAGUUUUUGCUCUCUUCAUUCUUUUCACUGCAGGUACAGAGACGUAUAGUGUUUGCUUUUGAUGUUAUUAGAUACAAAUGCAGAUCAUUAAUGUCUCUCUAACUGUCUCUCUCUUUUUAAUUACUAAAGGACACUCUCUAAACUGCUAUAAGUGCAAGGGUCAGUCGACUUGUAGCAGUGAAUUCGAAUCAUGCAAAGAAGGAUCCAAUUGCCUGAAUUCAGUAUUGAUAAAUCAAGUUGAUGAAACUACUCUUAAGUAUAAAGGUUGUGCUCCUGCCUGUCAAAGAGGGUCCAUGAAUAUCGGCACUAAACAGUGGUAUUCUGAGUGCUGUGGCGCUGACUUCUGUAACAGACUAGAUCUUUCAGAACCCAGCACUAUUAUCCCCAAUGGAAAUAAAUGUUACUCUUGUAAAGGACAGAGCUGUACAAACACAGUGUUCUGUUCAGGGUCUGAAGACCGCUGCAUUACAGCCACAGGCAUCUCAGACGUUUUCAAAGGUUGUAUUUCUAAAUCUCUUUGUGAUGGCACAACACCGAUUCCUAAUAUUGUGGACUUCUCAUGUUGUGAGGGGAACCUGUGUAACGGUGCUCAGACUACCACCCCGAUUACCACCCCGAGCACCACCAUGAGCUCCACCACGAGCACCACCCCGAGCACCACCAUGAGCUCCACCCUGAGCACCACCAUGAGCACCACCAUGAGCUCCACCACAAAGGUCACCACGAGCGUCGCCCAGAACUCCACGUUUAACAGUGCCAAAAGUGUCUCCCAGAGUUUCCUGUUCCUCUGCUGUUCUCUGCUCUCCUUCUACUUGCUGCACUGAAUCCAGCAGCUCCAGCAGACACAAUGAGAUGCACUUUACAAACAUAUAUAACUCGUAUUUUCUCUGUACUAUCUUAAGUCCUGAUGUGAUUCAUCGAAAACCAUACUGGAAGUUGUAUGAAAAAAAAUAAGGUUGUAUGUUUCUGGAUUAAUAUUUAAAUCUUGUCAUGCUGUAAAAUAAAUAUACUGC